AUGCUCCGGUUUAUUUCCAGGGCUCUUGCCUUUUGGAGGAAGGUGGACUCGUCGGAAGCAGAGAGGGAGCAGCAUCAGAGGCUCCUGGAAGGUCACACCGAGUCAAAAACUGUGCAAGGAGUCGUGACAAAGUUCUGUAGUAACUAUGGCUUGAUCGAUGAGUUGAUCUACUUCAGCAGUGAUGUUGUGACUGGCAAUGUGCUUCUGAAAGUUGGGCAAAAGGUUACUGCAGUUGUGGAGGAAAAUAAAACAUCUCAUGGAUUGAAAGCAAUCAAAGAAGUCACCACCAAUGAUUUUGAGCCUUAUCAGGGUGACCGAGUAGAAGUUGUAUUUUCCAUCCAGCCAGACACACAAAGCAGAAAGGCCCUCUCAGUGAAGCCUCUGAGACACAAGCACGUGCACAAGGUCUGCAUUACUAGCCUGCAGGGAAGAAAUGGGGUGCUAGAUGAUACUAUCUUUUUCACCCUGGAAUCUCUGAAACUUCCUGAUGGCUACGUACCUCGAGUAUCUGACAUGGUCGAUGCAGUCGUGGUGGAGAGUGUUCAGUCCUGCUAUGUUUGGAGAGCAAUUUCUAUGACUCUAGUGAAAAAGGGGUAA